GUGUAACCAGUGCAGUGCAGCCAUUGAACUAGAAUUAAAGCUCAAAAUGCAAGUAAUGUCAAGGUUUCGCCUCUUCAAUUUCCAUCUCUUCUCCACUUUCCCUCAAUCUACCAAACUCCCUUAUUCAUUUCCCAAAAUUCCCUUUUCUCAAAAUUCAUACCCAAAAAAUCCCCGUUUCUCAAUUCAUGCCUUUACGCCAAAAACCUUUAAAUCUUCUGCUACAACUUCAGAAUCAGCAGCUUCAAUAUUAGCAAAGAAAGUAUUAUUCAUGGCUCCAGGAGUUGAACCCGAAGAUAUAACCGAAGAUAUGAUUUUACCCGGAUCCAAUAUAGUUGUUGGACCCUAUGCGGGGGAUUCCAAGAUUAAAGAGGUUGAGUUUGUGAAGAGUAGUAAUAAACCUAAGGAUUGUCCAAAAGAUGAGAAACCCGAAUUUGCUAUGUUGGGUCGGUCCAAUGUUGGAAAAUCAUCUCUUAUUAAUGCUUUGUGUAAGAAGAAAGAGGUUGCUCUUACUUCUAAGAAACCAGGGAAGACUCAGCUGAUUAAUCAUUUCUUGGUGAACAAGAGUUGGUACAUUGUGGAUUUGCCUGGUUAUGGUUUUGCUAAUGCUUCUGAAGCUGCCAGAAUGGAUUGGUCCUCCUUCACAAAAGGCUACUUUUUAAAUAGAGAUACCUUGGUGUCGGUUCUGCUUCUUAUUGAUGCUAGUGUACCCCCUCAGAAAAUUGACCUUGAUUGUGCUAAUUGGCUCGGACGCAAUAAGAUACCAAUAACUUUCGUUUUCACGAAGUGUGACAAAAUGAAGGGAGGGAAGGCAAAAAGGCCAGACGAGAAUAUUAGAGAUUUCCAAGAGUUGAUUAGGCAGAAUUAUCAGCAUCCACCUGCAUGGAUAAUGACUAGUAGUGUCUCUGGUUUGGGCAGGGAUGAACUGCUUCUGCAUAUGUCUCAGCUGCGGAACUAUUGGAACAAUGAAUAGCCCGAGAAAAGCAUUAGCAGCAUUAUUUUGUGAGGUAAGCCCAUAAUUCUGGGAUCUUGAAUUAACCAUGAUAUGGUCCUAUUGGUCCUUAAGAGGUGACAAACAUAGCCAAAUGGGACUUGUAGGGCUACGUCAUGAUGGAUGUAAAGUAUUCCGUGCACAAUGAUAAAAUGUAUUACCAGCCUGCUUGUAUUUUUCGUGCCUUUUUUAUCAACCACAUUCCUUUUAGCUGUCAUGGUUCCCUAUAAUGUUUAUUCUAGUGGAACAUGUGUAGUGGUGUUAUGUAGUAUAAAAAUUAGCCAUGAUAUUAGUUUCUU